CGGCGUCCAAGAGGCAGCUCCUCCAGCACAUUGCGACCGUGAGCCCGAGAGACAUCUACACGACGGGCAAGGGCAGUUGUGGCGUCGGUCUCAAGGUCGCGCACGACCGCGGCCAGAUCACCAAGGAGAUGACGCUCGCGCUUGUGCUGGCCGACAUGGGCAUUUGCUGCGUCGACGAGUUUGACAAGAUGGAGGAGGGCGACCUACAGCCAUCCACGAGGUUGAUACUCUCCAUCUGUAUCAAGUGCAUAUACAUAUGUACCAAGCGGAAAUAUAUGUAUGUUAUGGAGCAACAGACCGUGAGCAUUGCCAAAACCGGUAUGACGACGACGCUCAACGCGCGGACGACGGUGCUUGCAGCCGCCAAUCCGAUUUACGGCUGGUACAACAAGAAGCUGAUCUCCCCAACGCGCUCUUGA